AACAUAUCGCUUGGUUCUCACACUCUGCUUAUGUUCUGAUAAUCCUUCCUAUCUACAACUCCGAACCCCUCCAAGCUAACAGCGACAUCCGUCCCGAAUGGCACAACCCCGCCUACCGAUGUCGUGAUCUCACACCACCCACUUCUCAUGUCAGCAGCUUCACUCCAUUUGUAAUCCUACAAUGAUUCAAUUGCUAUAUAACCAUCUGCUCCAGCAGCCCUCACCCUACUCGCCAUAACCCACAUCGCAACUCUCAUCACAUCUACAACCCAACCAUCACCACCACCAUGUCCGAACCCCCCCAACCCAAAACCCUCCACCUAACGGCCUUCAUGCGGCCCGUCAGCCUCCACACCGGCGCCUGGCGAUACCCCGGCUCCUACCCAGACGCCAACUUCAACCUCACCCACCUGAAAUCCUUCAUCACGCAACUCGAAUCCGCCAAAUUCGACGCCUUCUUCAUGGCCGACCACCUCGCCGUCCUCAACAUGCCCACGGAGGCCCUGAAACGCAGCCACACCAUCACCUCCUUCGAACCCUUCACCCUCCUCUCCGCCCUCUCCGCCAUCACCACCAAGAUCGGCCUCGCCGCCACCGCCUCCACCACCUACGAAUCCCCCUACCACAUCGCCCGCCGCUUCGCCUCCCUCGACCACCUCAGCAACGGCCGCGCCGCCUGGAACAUCGUCACGACCGCGAACCCCGAAUCCGCCAAGAACUUCAACCUAGACGCCCACCUCGAGCACAGCAGUCGGUACAAACGCGCACGCGAAUUCUACGACGUCGUCACCGGCCUCUGGGACAGUUUCGCGGACGAUGCCUUCCUCCGGGACAAAGAAAGCGGGAUCUUCUUCGACCCGGAGAAAAUGCACGUCUUGGAUCACGUAGGCGAGGAAUUCAAAGUCCGGGGACCGUUGAAUAUCGCUCGUCCCGUGCAGGGUUGGCCGGUGAUCAUCCAAGCCGGACAAUCGGAACCCGGGAGACAGUUAGCGGCGGAGACGGCGGAAGCGGUGUUUUGUUCGCCGAGGGAUAUCACCUCCGCGAAGGAACUGUAUGCGGAUAUUAAGGGGCGGGCGGUGGCGGCGGGGCGGAAGCGAGAACAUAUUAAGAUUCUGCCGGCGGCGUUUAUUGUCGUUGGGGAUACGGUGCAGGAGGCGCAGGAGAAGAGGUUACGGUUGGAUGCGCUGGUGCAUUAUGAUAGUGCGAUUGGGUCGUUGUCCGUGGUGUUGGGGACGGAUGCGGCCGGGUUCGAUCCCGAUGGUCCGUUGCCGGAGGAUCUGCCGGAGACGAAUGCGAGUAAGACGGGGAGGGAGGGUGCGGUCAGGUUGGCCAAGGAGGAGGGGUUGACGGUGCGGCAGUUGGCGCAGCGGUAUGGGGGGUACUCUGGGUUGGCGUUUGUGGGGACCCCGGAGUCGAUUGCCGAUGAGAUAGAGCAGUGGUUGGUUCAGGAGGCGGCGGAUGGGUUCACGGUCGUGUUUCCCUUCCUACCGCAGGGAUUGGAGGAUGUCACGCAACGGUUGGUACCGGAGUUGCAGCGGAGAGGCAUCUUUCGGAGCGAGUAUGAGGGGAGUACGUUGCGGGAGCAUUUGGGGUUGCCGCGGCCGGGGAAUCGGUUUUUUGAGUAGUGGGGAUGUUGAUUGAUUAGCAUUAGUUGAUGAAAAGGCAAUCAUAAUACAAGAAUAUCGCCCAGUUGUGACAUUUGAUCUAGUAGUUAUCAUAUCCUCAACGUGAGGCACG